AAAAAAGGAGAGUAGAGGAGUGCUGGGUAUUCCUUGGAGGGUCAUGGUGGAGGAAGUGUUGGUUGGUGCAGCGUCCUCCUUCUUUACCCCUGCUUGCGGCACUGCUCCCGACACCUGCCCACCUCCAGCUCGGCACCGGCCCGCCGUCCAACAGGUGUGUGCGCGUUACCAUUGCGGGGAUAGAUGCGCGCGAGUUCCGAUUUGAUAGGAAGGUUUCCGGGUCUAACUUCCUGCCUAUUAACUAUGAAUCACGCACCUCUUCCCUUCUGCAGGUAACUUGGCGAUGGCGGGUUAUUAAGUGUGGAAAGGGAGCCUCGGAGAAGGAUGGGUUCAGUUUGUUAUCGGAGUUUGGCAUCUGUGAGGACCGAGCUGCCAGACGCAUAAUAUUUACCCGGAUUGGUUGUGGAUGUCUGUUGGAGGCGACGAGGCGUGUUCAACGUCAGUUGUCAGAGGACCGUCGACGUGAGGGGGCUGCGCUCGUAUCCUUAGUUUCCCGAGCUGCGCGGGGCAUUGGCCUAACUUUUAACCCGCUAAACCGUCACUUUCGACUCAGUAUUCAGUGACAGUCGUUGGUGACUAGAGUGCAAUACGAUCGCUCGCCACCGGCAAUGAGCGGCCGCGGCAGUGUUGUAAUCGUGUAAUAAGGAACAAGAUAAAUAUAUCUUAAGUUUGAUCUAGAUGGAUAAAGUCUGGGUAAACUCGGAGUGCUAUCUUGGGUGACCCAUGUACUGCGUGGGCUGAGGCCGGGGAGCUGCUGCCUCGACUGGCCUCACGAUCACCACGGGGCGGCUCCACAGUAACACCGGCGGCACUGAUCCAGCCUAGCAGCAAGGCACACCACACGACGGCAGCCUCACGUCACGUCACUGCCAAGGUGAGUUGUGCGGUGGCGUGCGUGGAGGGAGAGGACGUGUGUGUGUGGUACAGGUGUGGGGGAGCGUAGACAGUGGAGGAGCCAGGCAGGUACUGUACACGCGCGGACCGGCCUGGGGAGUGUCUAUGGUGGUGCGUGCCCGUGGCGGCGUUACUAAUGUACAGGACGCUUUCCUUUAACGAGACAUGAGCUGAGAUGAAAGACAGGCAAAAGCCAGCAAAUCACAGGAACAGCAAGAGGAUCCGUGACUUGUAGACGCAUACCAGGUGGUGAGGUGUCGGGGUGAGGAUGCCCGCAUGGAGAAGUGUGUCAGGACUAUCUACUUCACCGUUGGAGGUAAACAGGACUCGGCCAGCCUCCAUCCUGACUCUCGCCCAGAAGAUGUUCGAGAACUGUUCCGGAGCGCUUGCGGGGCGGGGCCAGGUGACGUCAUCAAGCUGUACACCAGUGAGGGACAUGUACUGAACGCCGGGACAUAUCUCCCUGCUAACACCCCUGCCAACCCCUACCGUCUGCACGUCGCCGCCACCCCCUGCAACGGAGAGAAGCUGAACCGGCUGGGGAUUGACCUUAUGGACCUGGAGCAGAGGCUGUGCGAGGUCGAGCGAAGCGUGGCCGCCCUCCGAGCAGACCUGCCUCCCGUGGUUGAGGAACUGAGGUGUGCGGUGGAGACCUUCAGGAUGAGGCUGGAAACUACUGAGCAUCUAUCCUGGCUGGGGUUCUACAAGAAGGGGAUUGGAGAGCCUCUCGGGAAUCUUGGGAGUCCUCACCCUUACUGGAAGAAUGUGGAGUACCGAAGGAAAGGCGAGGACGAGGUGGCAACAGUGUGCAGUAAAUUUAGAGAAAUAUGUGAUGGUGUGGUAGGCAAGGACACGCAGGAGCUCCUGAGACUGCCCUCAUUCAACAACUGGGCAUGGGAGGACUGGGAAAUUCUCUUGCUCCUACAGCACAUGUACAAUGAUCUUGGACUCCUGUCAAAGUUCGGGAUUGAGACUGAAGUGUUCCGAAGGUUCCUGUGCAGGGUAUAUCACUGCUAUAACCAAGUGCCCUUCCACAACUUCAUGCACGCUUUCUGUGUGACGCAGAUGAUGUACGGGAUGAUCUGCAAGUGUGACCUUCAGAGACGACUGGGUGACCUUGAUGCUCUCAUUUUACUUACCUCUUGCGUCUGUCAUGACCUUGAUCAUCCGGGCUUCAACAAUAUUUAUCAGAUCAACGCCAGGACUGAACUUGCCCUGCGCUACAAUGACAUCUCACCACUGGAGAAUCAUCACUGCUCUGUGGCCUUCAGUGUCCUGGAACGGAAUGAGUGCAAUAUAUUUAAGAAUCUGACAGCAGAGGACUACAAGAAGGUGCGGGAAGGCAUCAUCCGCUGCAUCCUGGCCACAGACAUGGCACGGCACAAUGAAAUCCUCUCAGACUUUAGGGACAUCAUACCAGAAUUUGCUUUUGAUAACCGAGCACAUGUUAAUGUGCUGUCCAUGGUGCUGAUCAAGGUGGCUGACAUCAGCAAUGAGGCACGCCCGCUGGACAUUGCUGAGCCCUGGCUGGAGUGUCUCAUGCAGGAAUUCUUCAAUCAAAGUGAUCUGGAGAAGCUUGAAGGUCUGCCAGUGUCUCCAUUCAUGGACCGGGAGAAGGUGACCAAGCCUUCCUCACAGUGCUCCUUCAUUGGCUUUGUCCUGCUGCCUCUCUUUGAAGCUCUAGGGAAGGUCCUCCCAGAGUUAGAUGAACUGAUCAUCCAGCCAGUGAGGUUUGCAUUGGAUCACUACAGAAAAUUAAAUGAAGCUGCAAAAAAGGCUUCAGAAGAGCAAGAAAACAUCCUGGAACCAGCAAUUGAAGAGGAGGAACUGGAGGUGGAGAAACCCAAUACUAAUAGUCACCUCACUCACCUGUCUCGGGAAAACUCUAAGAGGGUUGUGCAGAAAACGGAAAGCUCCUUCAGCAUCGGGAGCAGGGCAUCAUCACGGAUGUCCAUGUACCGUUCCAGCACCUGUGAUUAUGGGGAUGGGACAGAAAUGGACACAGAGACAGAAGUGGAUGUGAGUGAAAGGACAUCAAGAUUUAAAAUUGCCACAGACAUUCAUAUCUCCCCAUCCCGGAGGAACAGCUCAGAGCGACGCAGCAGUGUUGGCGGGCGCUCCAGCUGUGAGCGAACUGUGUCACCGAGAGCCCUUGAGGAUCGGCUCCUCCCACAUGCUGAGGCCAAGAAUGAACCUGAAGAUGAUGAGGUGCAUCCUAAGAAAAGUGAAAAGGAGUCUUUGUUUGCUCGGUUUAGAAUUUUCUCAGAACGUCUCUCAUCCAGUGACAAGGACAGGACCUCCAAUGGGUCAACCUUGGUGGGCAGUCGAAGCACGAGGUAUAAACAGGGUGGCCUGCAGAGUGUUCUGAAACGUAGUAGGAGUAAAUCAGAGCCCACAAAGAGUAGACAUCACCGAACAUUUCAUAUAUCACGGCCAAGAAUUAGCUUUGGUACAAAUCCCCAGAAAUCGCAGUGUGAUGAAAAUAUGUUCAAUAAUCAUGAAAAAGAGAAAGCACGAGACAAAUGCAAGGAAUCUUCUUCUGAGGGUCUUAUCUCUGCAUUAGAAAUAAAAACUUCUACCUCCUUUGAACUUAUUGAACAAAAAAAGCCUUGUGUGUCAUCUAGUGCUCAACCUUCACCAACACUCUCAGAAAAGUGUGUAUUAGUUACAAACUCUAUCUUGAAGCACAAAGGUUUUAGUUUAUCUCUUGAUGUCUUGCCAAGAAAGAAUGGUCGACUGAGGAGAUCAGCAGCAACUGAAACCCACACAGCAGAAAAUACUCCAGGUGGCUCUGAGGACAACCUUUUAGAAGAGACCAAGAAGCAGCAGGCGGAUGGAGCUGUCAGACUUAUCCGACAUCAACCAAUGCUUAGUCAUACUAAAGGAGUUCAGUCAACUGAUGGACUAAAAGGCUUGAAAAAAAAGCCAGAGUCCACUAAGGCUUUGCUUUUCAAGUCCUUAUCCUUCAGAAAGAAAUCUCCCACCAAAGAUGAUGAAAUGAGGCCAGGUGAUUCCUGUGGUCCCAGUGAAGAAAGGUUAUGACAGGCAGGAACCUGUUUCUGUUUUUAAGGAUUAUUUAAUGGUUAGAUGGAACCACUGGGAAGUUGAGGGAUGCUGCAGGUCACAAUGUAUGAAGGUAGAGAGUCUUCCACAGUGGAUCAGUCUUCACUCCAAUUGCAAUUAUUUUUGAGAUGCUUAGAAAGUUAAGUAAAACUUAUAGGAAGCAUCCUUACAUCAAAAGACAUAUAGUCAGCAAAUUGCACUAUGAACUGACAUGUGUAGUAUUUGUUGCAAAAA